UGUGACACAUCGCGAGAUUUCCUCGAUGGUGUCGCGCCACCAUGACAUCAUGAAGCAGGGCCUCAGUGGCGACAGGGUGAAACCUCUGUGUGUACAUUGAUCCAGAACAUAAGCUGAACUCUGAGUUUUAGCCAUGUCAUUAAUAAUCUUAACAUCUGCGCACAGAUUACGAUCGAUCUGCAGAUUGCAGAGAAUACAAGGACACAUGAUGUCGAGUAAAGCUGGGUCUGAAGUUCUGUUUGAGAAAGUUGGGAACGCUGGAGUCAUCACACUAAACCGACCCAAAGCUCUCAAUGCUCUGAAUCUCACCAUGAUCAGACACAUCUACCCUCAGCUCAAGAAAUGGGACAAAGACUCAGAAACAGAUCUGGUGAUCAUUAAAGGAGCAGGGGAGAAGGCAUUCUGUGCUGGUGGGGAUAUCAGAGCCGUCACAGAAGCUGGAAAAGCAGGCGACUCUCUCGCUCAAGACUUCUUCCGUGAGGAAUAUAUUCUUAACAACACUAUUGGUACAUAUCAGAAACCAUAUGUGGCUCUAAUUGAUGGGAUUACAAUGGGAGGAGGCGUGGGUCUUUCAGUUCAUGGACAGUUUCGUGUGGCCACUGAGAAGACACUGUUUGCCAUGCCAGAGACAGGCAUUGGUUUGUUCCCUGAUGUUGGUGGUGGCUACUUCCUGCCUAGACUUCAAGGCAAACUAGGCCUCUUUCUUGCCCUGACCGGGAUCCGCCUCAAAGGGAGAGAUGUUCAGAGGGUCGGGUUGGCUACUCACUUUGUGCAGUCCGACAAGAUUGCAUCUCUUGAGAAGGAUCUUGUUGAUCUGAAGUCUCCAUCUAACACUGAUGUGGCCCAACUGCUGGAGUCUUAUCAAGAACAGAGCAGUCUGGAUGCUGAGAAACCUUUCGUACUGCAAGAACAGACAGAGGCCAUUGACAGGCUCUUUUCAGCUGGAAGUGUGGAGGAGAUCAUGGAGAACCUUAAGAAAGAUGGCUCUGCUUUUGCUCUCAAACAGACUGAGACUCUGUCCAAAAUGUCCCCAACCUCUCUGAAGUUAACUUUCCGGCAGAUUCAGGAAGGAGCGAGAAUGAGUUUGCAGGAGGUGUUGGUGAUGGAGUAUAGACUCAGUCAGGCCUGUAUGAGAGGCCACGAUUUUUAUGAGGGAGUCAGAGCAGUGCUAAUCGAUAAAGACCAGAGUCCAAAGUGGAAACCUUCUACCCUGUCUGGGGUCUCAGAGCAGGCUAUAGAAGAAUGUUUCAGCUCUCUGGGUGAAAGAGAUCUCAAACUAUAGAAACUCCCCUCAAGAAUCCUGGAAGUUUUUUCGUCCAUUUUUUCAUCCAUACUGUGUAAUCAUUGGUGUAAACCCUGUGGAAAGAAAAUGGCAGACACUCAUUUUUGCACAUGCUGCAAUCCAUGAUUAACCCUGACAACCUUAACACAUCCCCUGGCCACGAUGGUGGGAUUAAAGUAUUGUCAUGUGAUGCAUAAUAUGACUGCCAUUAACCACAGUGUUUACUACACAAGCAGUUCCACUGGCCUAGACUAGGGAGUAUCAAGCCUUUGACAGAAUAAAUCAGAAUAAUUUUGAGACAACCGGGAUGCCUUGAAUUCAAAUUAUUUGCUUAUGUUAUUAUGUGGGUGUUCAUAAAAGUUGUGUGACCUAUAUAUAAAUGAUUGUAUUGUAUCUCUGUUUUUGAUUUUGAUAGUAGAUAUGGCAUAAGAUUUCAAUGUGCCCAAAGUGCAUCUCAAUAAAACCAAGAGUGUAAAAUA